AUUUUGCUGCCCAUGUGCUCCAUGUGCUUGACAGUUUUUUGUCAAAUGUAGUCUUCCAGUCCCGGAAAAUAACAGUUUUUUAAAUUUUUAAUAAAAAUUAUGCAUUGUGUUAGUGUGCAUAAGUAAUUCUAUCGCGUAAUCAUGCAAGUGGCAAAUCAAAAUAAUGUGAAAAUUUACAAUUUAAGCGCUGGGAGAUCUCUUCCAGAGUGGUUAACGGACAGGAAAAAAAGGAGUUUAGCCAAAAAACAUGUUGACAUCAGAAGGAGAAUUGAGCUCAUUCAAGACUUUGAUAUGCCUGUAGUUAGUACAAGUGUGAGAACUUCAAAUGACGGUCAAUAUGUAUUUGCCACUGGGACUUACAAACCGAGAGUAAAAUGCUUCGACGUAAAUAAUUUAUCUCUUAAAUUUGAAAGAUGCUUCGAUGCCGAAGUGGUUACGUUCGAGAUUUUGUCUGACGAUUACAGUAAACUCGUAUUUUUACAAGACGAUAGAAAUGUCGAAAUUCAUUCAGCAGCGGGGAAAUAUUUUCGAUUACGAGUUCCACGUUUUGGUCGUGAUAUGAAAUAUCACUAUCCGUCAUGUGACCUAUUUGUCGUAGGAGACAGUAAUGAAAUCUACCGAUUAAAUCUGGAAAGAGGUCAAUUUUUGCAGUCCUAUUCAUCGGAGGCUUCUUCGAUAAAUAAAUGUACUAUAAAUCCAGCUCAUUAUAUGCUUUUCACUGGAACUGAGGAGGGAAAAGUCGACGCCUGGGAUCCUCGAACGAGAAAUAAAACUGGAACUCUUGAUUGUGGUUUUUAUUGCGUCUCACAGGAUAGUUCAUUAAAAUCAGUGCCUUCGGUCACGGCACUAAAUUGUCAAGGUGGUUUAACUCUGGCCGUUGGUACCGCAACUGGUCAAAUUUUACUCUACGAUGUACGAUCAAACAAACCAUUUUCAACCAAGGAUCAUAAUUACGGUUUGCCCAUUAAAAAUAUCGAAUUCCAUAAGAAUAUGGAUCUUAUUUAUUCAAUGGACAGUUCCAUUGUCAGAAUAUGGGAGAAAAAUAAUGGCAAUUUAUUAACGGCAGUGGAAGCGACUUCGUACUUCAAUGAUCUCUGCAUUGUUCCAAAUACGGGAAUGUUCUUCAUUGCGAAUGAAGACGCAAAAAUACAAACGUAUUAUAUUCCUAGUUUGGGACCGGCGCCAAAAUGGUGUGGAUUUCUGGAUAAUCUCACUGAAGAAUUGGAGGAAGAGACACAGGAAAUUGUUUACGAUAAUUAUAAAUUCAUUACUGAAAAAGAACUCGACGAAUUGGGUCUUUCUCAUCUCAAGGGAAGCAAUUUACUGCGAGCUUAUAUGCACGGUUUCUAUAUGCACACAAGUUUGUAUAAAAAGGCCCGGGAUCUUUUGCAACCCUUCGAUUUGGAGGAGCACAAAAGAAAGAAAAUUAAGCAAAAGAUUGCCGAGGAGCGCGCCAGUAAAAUUCACUUGGAGAAAACUCUACCAGCUGUUAAUAAGGAUCUCGCUUUGAAAUAUAUGGACAUGGAUAAGACGAAGAAGAAGAAAACAGUAGAGAAUUUAAUGCAGGACGAUCGUUUCAAGGAAUUAUUCACAAAUCCAGACUUCCAAAUUGAUACAAAUGCGGAAGAAUACAUGUUAUUAAAUCCUGUGAUUUCUCAUGCGGAGAAGCGUAAACGUAAGAAACUUGAAGAAGAAGAAAAAAUGAAAGAGGCUGCAAUACAAGAAGAAAAAGAAGAGGCAGAAGAAGAUGGUAAAACUAGUGCAGAUGAAGAUUUCGAGGAAAGUAGUUCUGAUGACGAGAAGGUUUGGACAAAAGAAGUGCAGAAAAAAUACAGAAUGUUGAAGAGAAAGAGACAGAGGGAGGAGGAAGAGAAGGAGGAGGAGGAGGAAAAUUUAGACGAAGAGCAAGAGAAGGAUGAACAGAGUCGAAAAAAAUCUAAAUUAUUCGAAAUUAAAGAAACUGUUCAAUUCAAUGGUUCUAGACUGCAAAUUCGUAAAAGCAACAAAUCAAGUCUUGGAAGAAGAGUACAAGAACAGGAGGACAACAAUUUGAAAGUUACCGGAUCUGGUGGAAAUAGACAAAUGUCUUUUACUAUUGAUAAGCGCAAGCAUCAGAAAAGAACAAACGACCGUCAAACAAUUAACAGAAGAGAAUACAAAGGUCUAUUGCGGCCAGCUCAUAAUAUAGGGAAACGAAAAUUUAAAUAAGUUUUUUUCUACACUCAACGAUUGUAAAUUGUAAAUAAAAAUUUUUUUUUCAUUUUUUUUUCUAAUUUAAAAUUGACUUUUUUUUACAAAAUUCUUACUAUUGGCAAUUUAAUUAUUUCCCGAAAAGAGAAAAAUUUACGUUUAUUGUAUACGUGUUUAAAGUAAAUGAGUAUUUGGAUCCGUCAGUUAUCAAAAAGAGAGGUGAAAAGUCAUCUUGUGUUAGUGAUAUGUCAAUAAAGCGGCAGUAUUGGUGAAUAAUUUAUAAAUACCAUAAAGUCUCUCUUUUUCAAAAGUUUAAAAGGACCAUGCUUUAUAACAAACAAAAAUGUCUUUG